AUGCCUCAUCAUUGUUCCAUUCCGAUUCCAACAACCUUCGCGGCGCGUGCACAGCGGCGGCGGCGCUGGAGGACGCUCUGCGCGUGCGCGGGCCGCCGCCGCCGGCCUGAAGCGGCGCGGGCCACCCCCGAGCUGCGACGCGUGACCGCCAGCGCUGCAGGGCGGUCAAAGCGCAGCGGUCCGGGCGCCGGCAGGCCCGAGCGCGGCGCGCCUUCGGCCCCGACUGCUGGCCUGGCGGCGCCGCGCGUCGCCUCGCGCCGCAGCGCGCGCUUCCAGCUGCCUCUCGACUCGCGACAACUGCUCGUACUGACGCCGAUGCAGUAUCUGGCGGAGCACGUCGCGCUGGACGCGGGCCGCAAGCGGCUUUGUCGCCUGGUUUUCCAGCGCCAUGCGGUCGACGACCUCUUGCCGCUGGAGCGCGUGGAGACGGCGUUAUGCGAAGUCCUGGGUGCGUCGGCGCCAGCGGCGGCCUCGGCGCUUGGCGGCUGGAGCGUCGGCGGGACCGGAACCGAGGCCGAGAGGACGUCGGACGCAGAGGCAACAACGGGGAUGAGCUUCCGAGCGUGGUGUGGUGCGGCGGCGCUGGCCGAGCGCCUGGCGGCUGCCACCUACGCCACGCGCGCCAAGGACCCGCCCCCAGAGGUGGAGCAGGUGGACCUGGCAGCGCUUGAGAGACGGCUCAUCGCCCUCGGCACCGCGCCCAGGCCCAGGCCCGCGCUCGGCCCCUGCGCCUCUGCGCCCCCGCUCCCGCCGCUCAUUGCACUGCUACGGACCGUGCGCGACGCGUAGGAACAGUGAUUCCUUACUCGUAAGAUAUGCCAAACAAAGCGAAAGCAAAUGGUAUUUCGCUGGACCUACAGCACCAUGUAGAGCGCCUGCCUCGAAAUACAAUAAACAGCUCAACAUAUCAACAUUUACAAGGAAAUGAAUAUUUACACCAGAAGGACAUUCAUCGUGCCUCGUAUAUGGAAUAUCUUCACAUCUAGACACGAAAUGUGAUAUCCUGUUAUAACCACUGGCGUGCGACGACCAAAAAUCAUUACAUUAACAUUACAUUUAAUAGUACGCCAUUACAAUUAUGUGAUAAGCAGUUUUUACUGUUCUUAGACAAAAAUGAAUGAAAUCAAUAUAUUUUCAUAUUAGGAAAUACAUAAGUAUUAAACGUUGAAAUAAAAACACCAUUUGUUAUU